AUGGCUGCGGGCGUCCCCUGUGCGCUUGUCACUAGCUGCUCUUCCACCUUCACCGGAGACCGGCUGGUCCAACAUAUCCUUGGAGCAGAAGAUCUUCUCGUGGAAGUGACUGCUGAUGAUACCGUGAGGUUUUACCCCUGGACCAUUGAUAACAAAUACUAUUCGGCAGACAUCAAUCUGUGCGUGGUGCCAAACAAAUGUCUCGUCACUGCCGAGGUGGCGGAGUCCGUCCAAGCGUUGGUGGUUUACUUUGACAGCACGCAAAAAUCUGGUCUUGAUAGUGUUUCCUCCUGGCUUCCACUGGCAGAAGCAUGGCUACCUGAGGUCAUGAUCUUGGUCUGUGACAGAGUAUGUGAAAAUGGUGUAAACCGACAAAAAGCUCAAGAAUGGUGUAUCAAACAUGGCUUUGAAUUGGUAGAGCUUAGUCCGGAAGAGCUGCCGGAGGAGGAUGAUGACUUCCCAGAAUCUACAGGAGUAAAGCGAAUCAUUCAAGCCUUGAAUGCAAACGUCUGGUCCAAUGUAGUGAUGAAGAAUGAUAGGAACCAAGGCUUUAGCCUUCUCAGCUCAUUGGCUGGAGCAAACCAUAGCAUUGGGUCAGCAGAGAUGCGUCACUCAGAGCAGCCCCGUUUGCCAGCAGCAGCUAGGACUGAAUCUCUCUUGGAUCAUCGGGGCGGUGCAUCUAACACAACAGAUGCCCAGGCAGAUAGCAUCGUGGAUCCCAUGUUAGAUCUGGAUAUUCAAGAAUUAGCCAGUCUUACCACUGGUGGAGGAGAUUUGGAGAAUUUUGAAAGACUGUUUUCCAAGUUAAAGGAAAUGAAAGACAAGGCUGCGACGCUUCCUCACGAGCAGAGAAAGUUGCAUGCAGAAAAGGUGGCCAAGGCCUUCUGGAUGGCAAUUGGGGGAGACAGAGAUGAAAUUGAAGGCCUUUCAUCGGAUGAAGAACACUAA